GUAUGCAAUUCUCAGCAACAGUUAAAAGACAGUAAACAUCCUUUAUUUAAGCCUAAAUAGAUUUUGUAUGGGACUCUUUUAUCACAAGCCAAACAGCUCUGAAUUCUGCCCUAAAGUGUUUUGAUUUCUUUUAUAAAAAUGCAUCAAAAAAGAUAAGAUUCAACAAAGUUUUGGGUAUCUAUUCGUUGGAAUAGUCAUUGCCUCUUAACAUUACAUCAUUAAAGUAUGUUCAGGGAACCAACCCAAUUUGUGCUCAAUUAUCUUCUUAAAAGGCAACAUAAUGCUUUCAAAGAGCACCCGUGGCUGUGGUUACAGUGAUCGUCCUUCAUACCCAUUCUUCUGAACAGAUCAUGUAAUGAGUCGAAAAGCAGAACUCUGUGAAACUGCCUCAGAUAGACAGUCACACCGAGGACGCACAGAAGCUGUGACGCGCCACCGUGCGCUCGGUCACUUCGUUCUUUCUCCGUCUAGAGGAAGCUCGCGUUCCGAGAAUCGCACAGGAUAGAAGAACAGACGAAGUGUUUAAACGAUCGACUAAAUUACGACGAAAUGUUCAGUAAGGACUGCGCGAUAUAAAUCCUGAAAGUAGCAGAUUACAAAGACGGUGUGAGAUGACCACGAGACUGGAGGAACCGUGCGCUCUGUCAUGCUGAGCAUCUCCCUCACACUCCUGCUGGCCCUAACCGCUCCCGCCGUGCGCUGCUCCCACAGCUGGAGCGACGAAGAUCUGCUGCUUCCACCCAUCAACUCCUCCAACACAUUCCUACCUAGCCUGGAGGUGGACGUUGGCUACUCGAAGAGAUCCGUGGAGGAGCCCGAUGCGUCCACGCAGUGCAACGUGAGCGUGGAGAGACUUCCCACCAAACUCGUGGCGCGCUGGGACAGCAACUUCGGUUUCCAGUGCGACGUGCUCAUUUACACGACUAACAAUCAUGGCAAAGCGUUCUUCUCCGCCGCCUAUAACCGGGCGAUCUCCCCGGUGUACAUCGAACAUCUGGGCGUCACGGGUGGCCAGCAGGAGUUCAGACUGUGCGUCGGCUGCGGUUUGUCCAGAUACAGGAGAUUCAGGCGAGGCAGGUCAGAUGGUCAUCAGAUGGGCGACUCCGUCCAUUUCUGCUGUCUGGAUUUCGCUCUGGAUGAGCUGAAGGGGGACAGGAGCUGGAGGCUGAACCGCAAACCCAUCGAGUCGACUUUGGUGGCUUGUUUCAUGACUUUAGUAAUAAUAAUAUGGAGCGUCGCCGCCCUCAUAUGGCCGGUUCCCAUUAUUGCUGGAUUUCUUCCGAAUGGAAUGGAGCAGAGAAGGCCGAGGUAAUAGAACAGAGUAGAAUAAAAUCUUAAUUUAUAAGAAUAUAAGAAUCCAGUUCAACCUUCUUAAAUCAUUAAUAUAUUUAUUAGGCAUGUAGGAUUUAAUACAAUAUGUUUGCUUAGUACAAUUAUUGUGUUUAAAUGUAUUUUUAACAUUUCCUGGAUGGAUUGAGAUUUUUAUUAGAUUAUUUAGAAUUUGUUUUUUUAAACAUGGCCUGUAGCUUUAAACUAAAAUGUAGUAUUCCAAAUGUUUGUAAUGUUUUUAUCUUGAGAUUUCAGACUCGUUUCUAGUGUUUAUAGCAUUUCAAUUAAAAGUGGAGUCUCAGGAACAAAAAGCUCUUUUAGAAAUUACAGAGUAAAGACAUUUUGACUAGUAGUUUAUAUAUUAUUAAGAAAACAGAUGCAACAAUGUUUCUGGAAUUGUCAAUCGAUUCUUAAAUAUUUUAGAGCAUUGUGUUUGUAUUUGUUUGUAUGUUUGAGUUAAUACUUAUAAAAAGUACUGGGACAUUUAUUUAAUGUUCAAAACAUCUAGGUUAAGAUGCUAAAGAACAAGCUGAUAUUAAAUCUAUUUAUAAAAUAGUGUGAACAAAUUAACUUUGUAAGGUUUUUACGUCCAAGAUACCUAAUUGUAAUUUGUAGUAUCUUAAUAAAUUAACUGAAUCUUUUUGGAGUCUGUAACUUGUCUCAAUUGAGUAAGAUAUUGUAUUAAUCUUUACUAAGUUAAAUGUAUCACAUUACUGAGUAUGCAUUGUAAAAAAUGUCAGCCUCAAAUGGACACUCAGACGGGCAGCAUUUGACCAAAACACUGAGGUAUUACAUGAUCCAUACUGUAGCCUACUCUACUACAAACUAAUUGCACAUAUAUUUACUUUUGGUUUAUUCCUGUAUUUUGCAGACUAACAUUUGAAAUGGGUUAAACUCAUGAUUGUGAACAGUAAAAUGUCUAUUAGGACAAAUACUGCAAAGGUUUUUUGUUUGUUUGUAGAAAGUGCAUGUGAUGUCACAGUAGUCUAAGAGAGAAGAGCUGUGUCCAUACUGUAAUUGGCUUCUAUAUCUUCAUUUACUGUAGGUCUUGAGGAAAAAAUGAAGCCACAUUUGUGCUUUGUGACUCAUUUUCAUGUUGAUUGUGAUGUUUGUUUCCAAUCAUCCUUACGGAACCAUGAUUUGAUUUUUUUUAUUUUG